AUGUCACCUGAAGAGCUCGAUGCCCUGCUCGCGGCUCCGGCCCUCGCACCACCACCCGGGGUCACGCCGAAUUUCGACAAUCCUAGCAGCCACAAUGACUAUGCUUGGGGUAUAACCACUGUCUGUAUGGUCGUUGCGACUGUCUGUCUCUGCCUGCGUUGGUAUGUCCGGAUCUGGUUGGACAGGAGAGUCCGUAUUGAGGAUGUUUUAACAAUCGGUGCAUAUGGGGCCUAUUGGGGUACAGCAUACGCUGCCUAUGGGAUGAUUUAUACUCCUGGCUACUACGUCCACACCUGGGAACUUCGUAAUCGAGACCUUAUCCGACCGCUCUAUCUUAUUCUAGUUUAUGGUUGUUGCUACUCCGCAACCCUCCCACUGAUCAAGACGGCCAUCUUGAUGGACUGGUGUCGUGUUUUUGUCAGCGUUAACCGAUCGAAGAGUUUCUUCUGGUGGGGAUGCAUGACUGUGUCAUUUUUUCAAUGCCUCUGGGGGCUCCUAUGCAUCCUCCUGCUCAACAUGCAGUGUCGCCCGCACAGAGCUAUCUGGGAAUUCUACCUUCCAAGCAAAUGCUACUCGCUCCCAGACGUCAUGCUCUGCUCCGCCAGCGUGCAAGUCGUCUCCGACAUAUGCAUGUUUCUGCUACCCCAGAAGAUGAUAUGGGGCCUCCACAUGAGCUGGCAGAAGAAGAUGGGAAUUUCCAUCAUAUUUGGUGUUGGUAUUCUCGCCUCAAUCGCAGCCUGUUUCCGCCUAGCCCACACCGUCACCUUCGCCAAGUCAACCGACACCAUGUACUUCAUUGGGCCCCUCCUAUUCUGGGCCUGCGCCGAGAUGACCUGCGGUUUCUUCAUCUUCAGUGUGCCCUGCCUAUCGAAGCUAGCCAUGGAGUCUGGACUUCGAAGCCGGUUGUCCAGCGCUCUCGGCCUCAGCGACAAGUCCGUCAGCGGCCCUUCUGCCCAAGGCGGAAACUCCAAUUCUGGGCCUCGGGCUAAGCCCAAGCCAUGGAGGGUCUCAGAAACCAACUACUCAAAGAUCGAGGAAGGCAGUGUUAUACCACUGACAAACGUUUCAGUGACACAGCAUGACCCCAGCGAGGGGCGCCUUUCACACGAUGGAAACCGUUCUCCGAUGAGUGUGGUCCGGACCAUGGAUGUCAAUGUCAGCUCUACCGAUGGCUCCGGUGUUAAACUACAAGAUCACCGCGUCCCAUGGGAACAUUAG